GUGGAUGGGUUCUACUUGAGCUAACCAUAAAUUCCUUUGUUUUUCAGGUACGUACUCCAACCUGUACAACAGACCUAAAAUCAUUGAAGAACCACCUAAGCCAAAGCCCAUCCGCGUGUCCAACAGGACCGGCAUCCCUCUAGAUGUGCUGCCUUCCAAGGGCCUCACAGCCAAACAAGCGGAGCGCAUGACCAGAAUCAAUGACUCGGAUCUGCCGCGUGUUUCGACUCAGCCACGGAGCAGAGAGGAGAGCAAAGAGGAGAAGAAGGCUAGGAAGCAGGCCAUCAAGGAAGAACGGAAGGAAAGGAGAGUGGAGAAGAAAGCUAACAAGACGGCGUUUAAGGAGGAGAAGGCCCGACAGGAGAAGCAAAUGUUGAACUUGAGGACAAACAUCCAGGGCCUGAAGCUUUAAUGGCGGACCGAAGGAGCUCAACAGGUUCUUCACUCACUCCAGCGAAACGGGACUCCUCGCAUAAAAAAGGACUGCAUUGACCAAUGGAGAACCGGAUGGUUUCAGGAAGUUCUACUGGAGCUUCAGAGACUUUGGACUAAAUAAACCAGGUUCCACAGGGUGACAAAGGGUUAAAUCUGUCUCAGAAGCGGGAUUCCUGUUGGAAGAUUAAUGAAAUCAUGUCGAACUGAACAACCACUCAGUAUCUUGGAUAUUUUAAUAAAAACGUAUAGAAAUUAGUUCGCUGUCGUG